CAAAACCCCCCUUCUCACUCUCUCCGUUUCUCUCUAUCUCCUCUCACUCUCUGCCCACAAACUGCCACUGAUAUACAAACCUUAUUUCUUCAAUUUUAUCGCGUCUUUCUCAAAAUUUAUAGGUUUCUUCAAAGUAAUUAACUGAUUCCAAUCAUGGCGAAGCCCAGUUCAGAAAUCUUCGAGAACAGCAGAUUCUUCGGGAGCAUCACGGCUUCAGUGCCGUUCAAGAGCUUACUCCCAAAAUCAAAACAGAAGCCGUCUUUAAAUCGACGCUCGAAAUUCCGGUCCAACUCCGAAAACAUAUCUCCGAUAGACCCCAACAUUCAAAUCCGCGAUCCUCCACUUUCCGCCUCUGUUUCGUUCCCCAAAAAAUCGCCUUCAAAAGUCAAAAUCAGUCCUCGAAAGGAAGAACUCACCGCAUCCGCAGUCGAGCAAACAGUACCCGAAGCUUCAGAUCCAUCAGUGAAGGUUGCGGUGAGAAUUAGGCCUGCUGUUGAAGAUGCAGUGUUGAGAAAAGUUUCGAAGGAUUCAUUAUAUGUUGAUGAAAGGAAAUUUAAAUUUGAUGCAGUGUUUGAGUCAGAUUCGACUCAGGAGGACGUAUACCAAUCAGUAGGAGCUCCUUCGGUUAUGGAUGCAUUAUGCGGUUAUAAUACAUCAAUAAUCGCUUAUGGACAGACUGGGAGUGGGAAGACCUACACAAUGUGGGGACCUCAAAGUGCGAUGGUAGAGGAUCCAUCCGUUGGUGGGCUUCAGGGUAUCGUCCCUCGUAUUUUCCAGGAUCUUUUCUCUAAGAUUCAAAAGGAACAAGGGAAUCUUGAUGGCAAACAGAUAAAUUAUCAGUGCCGGUGCUCAUUUCUUGAGGUGUAUGAUGACAAGAUUGGUGAUCUACUUGAUCCAACACAGCGGGACUUGGAGAUAAAGGAUGAUGUAAAAAAUGGAUUUUAUGUAGAGAAUUUGACCGAGGAGUAUGUUACCUGCUAUGAGGAUAUCACUCACAUUCUGAUUAAGGGCCUAUCAAAUAGAAAGAUAGGAGCAACAAAUCUCAAUUCCAAGAGCUCAAGAUCCCAUAUUAUGUUCACAUGCAUAAUUGAAUCAUGGUGCAAGGAUUCCUCAUCCAAGUGCUUUGGUAGUUCAAAGACCAGUAGAAUCUGUCUGGUCGACCUUGCUGGAUUUGAAAGAAAUGUUGCUGAUAACGCUAGUAGGCAGCAUGUUAAAGAAGGAAAAUACAUAAAGAAGUCUACGUCGCAGCUUGGGCGCUUGGUUAACAUCAUUGCAGGAGAAAGACAACCUGAUAAAUUGGACGAGGUUCCAUAUAGAAGUUCUCGACUGACUCAUCUUCUGAGAGAAUCAUUUGGUGGCAAUGCUAAACUUUCCGUGAUAUGCACCAUUAGACCAGACCACAAGAGUAGUAGUGAAAGUAUAAGCACUCUUAGAUUUGGACUGCGGGCAAAGCUCAUGAAGAAUGAACCUGUAGUGAAUGAAAUCACAGAAGAUGAUGUGAAUGACCUCAGUGAUCAGAUUCGACAGUUAAAGGAAGAGCUUAUGAGAGCUAAGUCCAGUACAUCUGAAUCAUUUGAGAGCAAUUCUGGUUACUUUAGAGGGGGAAAUGUGCGUCAAAGCUUGAAUCUUUUGAGACAAAGCCUCAACCGUUCACUGAUCUUGCCCUGCAUAGAGAAAGAUUCUGAAGAGAACUUAUGCAUCAAUGAGGAAGAUGUGAAAGAAUUAAGGCUUCACAUUGACAAAUUGCGUAGCUCUGAGAAUGGUGGGAGUGACCUUCUGUACUCUGCGGAAGGAUGUGAGACAGAACUCACAUGCGAACACUAUUUAAGCUGUUCGGAAGAAAGUGAAACUGAAGAAAUUAACUCAAGUGAGAAUCAAACAGAAGUGCCAUGCCCAAACAGCUCUGAAUUAGUGGAUGAUCCUAUUGAUCUUCCUCCACUAAUGAAUAGCUUGUCAAUCAGUGGUAGUCAUCAGUCUACAUUGCUUCAAGAUCCUGUUUUGUCUGAGUCACCUAAGAUAAGAAAUUCUCAACGGAAAAGCUUGAUUUUCACAUCAAAUCAUCUUGAAAAUGUGGAACAAAAUCUGGAUGUAUUGCGGCAGUCACAACAACCAGACAACAUGGGAUCCUCCUUAAGAUCUAGUAGAAUAUUUGCAGGCCCUACUGAGUCCCUGGCAGCUAGCCUCCACAGGGGCUUGCAGAUCAUUGACUAUCAUCAGAGGAACUCUGCUCCUGCAACAUCAUCCGUCUCAUUCUCGUUUGAGCAUUUGGCUAACGUUUCUGCUGUUCAAACAUCACCCGAAAGACAUCCUACGGAUCAGUCAUUUGCUACUUUUGUUUGCAUUAAAUGUCAAGGAAGAAGUGAAUGCAAUGAAACUAGAGACAGCUUAAAGAAGUCCCUGGUAAGGGUGGAUGAAUCAGCAAGUUCAUAUGGAUUGGCAGCCUACUUAGCAAAGGAUCUGGAGAAGGAAUUAGCUGACAAGGAUCUGAGUGCUAUUUGUAAGGACCAAGCAGCUCAGAUUGAGCUUCUAAACAAGAAGUUGGAGCAAUGCAAGUGCAUGAGUGAUCAGUCUGCUAUCAGCAUAUGCAGUGGCUCAACUAAUUUCACCAACUUGAAGAACCAUCUUCAACCAAUCAAUGAGGAAGAACCUGAGAAAUUCGACCAUCCAAUCCCUGCAAAUAAGCUCCUUACAUGGAACAGUGAAGAAAAUGAAGAACCAGAAUUCAUAAAGGAGAAAUGUGAAAUCAAAGAACUGCAAGAAAACUACAAAGAAUCAUUCACUUCCGAAGAGAGGGAGGCACUUCUAAGUGAAAUCGAAGUUCUCAAAAAAAAACUGCAGCUCUACUCUGAUGCACCAACACGACGGUCAUCUGAGAAACUCAGAUCGUCGUUGCUGUCACAGUCCUCCCAGCUAAGAAAAAGUUGUGUGUAUGCUAAUAGCGGAGAGGAGCUCGAGAAGGAAAGACAAAGGUGGAUGGAAAUGGAAAGUGAUUGGAUUUCACUAACAGAUGAACUGAGGAUCGAAAUUGAGUCCAACCGUCAGCGAGCAGAAGAGGUGGAGAUGGAACUACGAUCAGAAAAGAAGUGCACAGAAGAGCUGGACGACGCCCUCAAAAGAUCUGUCAUCAACCAUGCCAGAAUGAUCGAGCAUUAUGCAGACCUGCAAGAGAAGUACAACGACAUAGCAGAGAAGCAUCGAGCAAUCAUGGAAGGGAUUGCAGAGGUGAAAAGGGCUGCCUCCAAAGCAGGCGCCAAGGGUCGCCAUGGCUCUCGUUUCGCAAAGGCACUAUCAGCAGAGCUCUCUGCUCUGAGAGUGGAGAGGGAGAGAGAAAGGGAGUUGCUGAGGAAGGAGAACCGAAGUCUCAAGAUUCAACUCAAAGACACUGCAGAAGCCGUGCAUGCGGCAGGCGAACUCCUUGUUAGGUUGAGAGAAGCAGAAGCAGCAGCUUCUCUAGCUGAGGAGAAGAACUCUAGGAUCGAAGAGGAGAAUGAGAAGCUGCGGAAACAGAUGGAGAAGGUGAAGAGAAAGCACAAGAUGGAGAUGAUCACGAUGAAACAAUAUCUUGCGGAAAGCAGACUACCUGAGGCUGCUUUGAGGGGCCCCAUAUAUAGACAAGAUUCUGAUGAGGUAGCAGCGCGUUAUGAUACAAUGCCAGAUGAUGAUCAGGCUUGGAGAGCCGAGUUUGGAGCAAUAUAUCAACAACCUUUUUAAAGCACACAUUUUUUACCCUGCUUGGGUCAUAGAAUCCAUUUAUCUCCCUUUUUCUUUUUUGUCAACAGCACUCAAUGUUUGAGUGUGCUUCUUGACCACAUGAUAUGUAUUAUACAUUGGAACGAUGUUGGUUACGUAUGCUUGAAAAUAUAUUUGUUUUUAAGUGAUAAA